AUGCUUUCCAAUCCUCUCCACCGUUUUUCGGCAUACAAUGCUCUGCCGUCGAGCGGCAUGCUCUCCAACGGCCAUGUCCCAUCCAACCACAUGCACUCGGGACUCGAUACGCUGGCCCACGGCUCCCAAUACGCUCUCCAGCAGCUCCAGCAGCACGUCGAUGUCCACCAGAACAACGCUCAGGUCCACCGAGCACAUAACGCCAAACACCGUCAGCAUCCUUAUGGUCCCGGGCCAACCAAUGGAAGGGCGAAUGGCACAGAAUUCGGCCUGGGCUGCGAAUACAUUCGAGAGCGGAAGAAGCGGGGCAAGGCCUCUCGCAAAGAUCUCGCUCAGCAGGCUGCUGCCGCGGCGGCGAAUGGCCAGAAGUCUCCCACUAAUGGCCAUCGGUCGUCCGAAGAGCGGUCUCCUACAGAACCAAGAAACAACGAGAGCGGCGGCUCUGCCACCACCACCACAUCCAACGAUACCGGCGACUUCAAGCGGCCACAGGCCCAGCGAUCGUUGAGUUUGAACACCACCGGCCUCGACAACGCUUCGGCGCGAGAGGCGCUCAAGGGAAGGCUGCGAGCCGGCAGCCUCGAGAGCCUCGCUGAGCAUCAGCCUCACAUGGUUAGUCGCGCAGAAGCGGAUCAAAUCGAAAGCCCCGCGUCCCUGAAUAUGAACGGCUAUUCAAGCAUGCACGGGUAUCGAUCCGCCCUAAAUCCCCACAUGAUGAAUGGCAAUGCCCAUCCCAACUACAAUGCCGGACAAGGCUCAUUACCCGGUUACACAGAUCUCCCUUACGCCAUCCAAACCCAAAGCCCGACUCAUUAUCCGGGGAAUACUCCGGGCCCCUUUCGUUUAGGCGAUAGCCCUUUGCCCGGGUUCCCCAUGGGGUCGGAUGCUGCCUCUCCUGGGGGAUGGAUGUCGCUGCCCUCGCCGUCGACGCAAUAUCAGCAGCACGUGACGCAGAACUUCAACACCACGCUCCGUUACCCCGUAUUGGAACCCCUCAUCCCGCAUCUGGGGAAUAUCAUCCCUUUAUCCUUGGCUUGCGACCUCCUAGACCUGUACUUUGCGAGCUCGUCGUCGGCGCUGAUGCACCCCACAUCCCCCUAUGUGCUCGGGUACGUCUUCCGAAAGCACUCUAUUCUUCACCCGACCAAGCCGAGACAAUGUACACCGGCUUUGCUGGCGAGCAUGCUCUGGGUGGUGGCCCAGACGAGUGACGCUGCUUUCCUGACCGCACCUCCCUCCUCGCGGGGCCGCAUCUGCCAGCGGCUGCUUGAGCUUACCGUCGGUCUGCUGAAGCCCCUGAUCCACGCCCCGUCUACAGGCGAUGCCUCGCCCAACUUCUCCAACACCGUCGUUAAUGGCGUUGCCCUCGGCGGUCUUGGUGUUGCUAUGCCCGGGUCUGUGGAGGCCGAUGCCUUGAACGGAGAGACCAGCGCCUUUGGCGCCGCCGGUACCCUGGACGACGUAGUGACAUAUAUCCAUCUUGCCACUGUUGUGUCGGCCAGCGAGUACAAGGGCGCGAGCCUCCGGUGGUGGAACGCCGCCUGGUCACUGGCACGAGAGCUCAAGCUGGGGAGAGAACUCCCCAGCAGCCCCGAGCCCCAGCAAGGAGCUGAGGGCGUCGAGGACGUCGAUGCCGACGGGGAAGCCGAUCCCAACGUUCCCAAUUCCGCCGGCAUGGUCACGGAGGAGGAACGGGAAGAGCGACGGAGGAUAUGGUGGCUGGUUUACACGGUAGAUAGGCACCUCGCACUCUGUUAUAACAGACCACUCUUCCUGUUAGACAUUGAGUGCGACGGCCUUCUCCAGCCAAUGGACGACACGUUGUGGCAGGCUGGAGAAUUCUACACUGGUGAUUCAAGCAUUCAUAUUACUUCCCCGAAUGGUACGCAACGGAUUAGAAGGAGAGGACCUAACUUUGAGUGUACCGGUCAUAGCAUAUUCGGAUAUUUCCUACCCCUCAUGACUAUCCUCGGAGAGAUCGUAGAUCUCUACCACGCCAAAAACCACCCUCGAUUCGGCGUCGGCUUCCGGUCAUCCCAGGAAUGGGAUGAUUACGCCAGCGAAAUCGCCCGACAGCUCGAUGCUUACGGUCAAAGUCUCAAGGAUUUUGAAGCCCGCCAUCUCUGCCCCCCGGCGGCGGAGGAGCAGCCCGAGAAUAACAUGGAAGGUAUCUCAACAGGGAACAACCCCGACCACGCUGACGCUGCCACGCCUUCUGUUCACUCAGUUCACACAGCUUCAUCCGCGCAUAUCUCAGAAGCAGACAUCCAAACUCGCAUUGUGGUCGCCUACGGCACGCACGUGAUGCACGUAUUGCACAUCCUCCUCGCAGGGAAAUGGGACCCCAUCUCCCUACUUGACGACAACGACCUCUGGAUCUCCUCGCAGAGCUUCAUCAACGCCACGGGCCACGCCGUGAGCGCUGCCGAAGCCAUCAACAACAUCCUCGAGUACGAUCCCGGUCUGGAAUUCAUGCCAUUCUUCUUCGGCGUGUAUUUGCUGCAGGGAAGCUUUCUACUGCUGCUAAUAGCCGACAAGCUACAAGUAGAAGCAUCCCCCAGCGUCGUCAAAGCCUGCGAGACCAUCGUGCGCGCUCACGAAGCAUGCGUCGUAACCCUGAACACGGAAUACCAGCGCAACUUCCGCAAAGUAAUGCGCUCAGCACUAGCUCAAGUCCGCGGCCGCGUGCCAGAAGACUUCGGCGAGCAGCAAUUACGGCGGCGGGAAGUCCUCGCUCUGUACCGAUGGACCGGCGAUGGAACCGGCUUAGCUCUUUGA